AUGGACUCCUGCUACAGCGAGAAGGGGAUCCCCAACCGCUGCAUGCCAAAGUUUGAGAACGUCGCAUUCAACCGCACCGUCGUGGCCUCCAACGUGUGCGGCUCGUCCCCCGAGGACUACUGCAUGCAGACGGGAUCCACGCGCUCCUGCCACAAGUGCGACGCCUCCGACCCAGCUCUGAGCCACAACGCCAGUCUGCUGACCGACUUCAACCGCAACGACGACCCCACGUGGUGGCAGAGCGAGUCCAUGUUCUACGGCGUCCAGUACCCCAGCUCCGUCAACCUCACCCUGCAUCUGGGAAAGGCCUUUGUGAUAACAUAUAUAAGAUUAAAAUUCUACACCAGUCGGCCGGAGAGCUUUGCCAUCUACAAGCGCACAGAGGAGGACGGGCCCUGGAUACCGUACCAGUAUUACAGCGCGUCCUGUGAGAAAACCUACGACAAAGCUGCCAGAGGUUAUAUUCGCCCAGGGGAUGACGAGCGGACUGCUUUGUGUACGGAUGAAUUCAGCGAUAUUUCACCACUCACUGGAGGAAACGUGGCCUUUUCAACCUUAGAGGGACGCCCCAGUGCCUACAAUUUUGAUCAAAGUGUGGUGCUCCAGGAUUGGGUGACUGCCACAGAUCUGCUCAUCUCUCUGGACAGACUCAACACUUUUGGAGAUGAGUUCUUCAAGGACGCCAAAGUAUUGCGCUCGUAUUACUAUGCCAUCUCAGACUUUUCAGUGGGUGGAAGAUGUAAGUGUAACGGCCAUGCCAGCGAGUGUUUGGAGGGCGACAGUGGAGAGUUGGUGUGCGCCUGCCAGCAUCACACAGAGGGAGCCGACUGCCAGAGAUGUCACCCCUUCUACCAGGACAGGCCCUGGGCUCGGGCCACCGGGGACUCGGCCAAUGAGUGCUUGAAAUGCAACUGCAGCGGGAGAGCGGACACGUGCGAGUUUAAUGUGGAGCAGUACCGCAGCACGGGCAGUGGGGGGCGCUGUCUGGACUGCAGAGAUAACACCGACGGCGCGCACUGUGAGCACUGCAAAGAAAACCACUACAGGACUUCCCCAGAGGACGCCUGCCUCCGGUGCGGCUGCGAUAUCGAAGGCUCAGUCAGCCCACAGUGCGAUCAGGCAGGGAGCUGUGUUUGCAAAGCUGGGGUGACAGGGCAGAAGUGCGACACGUGUUUGCCUGGAUUUCACUCUCUCGGCCCCGGUGGCUGCAGAGCGUGCGGCUGCAUCGAAUCUGGAAGUGUGGGACAUUGCUCUGCCGUGGACGGACUCUGCAGCUGUAAGACAAACGUCGAGGGGCAAAGCUGUGACAGGUGCAAACCGGGGUAUUUUGAUCUCCAGAAAACGAAUCCAGCAGGAUGUCAAGCUUGUUUCUGUUACGGCCAUUCUUCAGCCUGUUCCUCCUCCAGCCACUACAGGGCUUUCAACAUCACCUCUGACUUCCUGGACGACCAGGACGGCUGGGAGGGGCAGUUCUCCGGGGGACAGGAAUACCCCCUGCUGUGGAAAGAAGGGGAAGUUUAUCUGCUGCCUCUCAGCGAAGAAGACACAGGCUUCUACAGAGCUCCAGAGAAAUUCCUGCGUCACCAGCUGCACAGCUACGGUCAGCAGCUCCACAUCACCUUCACGUCCGAGACCACCGAGCUCCUGCCACAGCACGUCUCCCUGAUCCUCCAAGGCUCCGGACUCACCCUCAGCGCUGACCUCACGCCUCAGCCAGGGGCCCGCUCCCUGCCCGGCCCCGCACCACACACCUCCUUCACAGUCAGGCUCCACGAGCAUGAAUCGAGGUUUAGACCAUUGCUGGCUUCCUUUGACUUUCAACUUCUGCUGAGCGACAUUUCUGCUUUCAAGAUUAGCAACGCUGGAGGCCAUAACUACACGGCACAGUUGGCCGAGGUGAUCCUGACCUCAGCUGUCAUCAGUGAGGCUGAGGGUCCUCCUGCCCCGUGGGUGGAGUUCUGCUCCUGUCCUGUGGGCUUCAUGGGGCAGUUCUGUGAGCAGUGUUCUAGAGGAUUCACCAGGGAACACCCGGGAAGAGGACCUCUCUCAGCAUGUGUCCCCUGCAACUGCCACCAGCACGGGACAUGUCACCCAGAGACCGGUCUGUGUGACUGCGCUGAUUACACCACGGGGCCGACCUGCGAGCUGUGCCUGGACGGUUACUACGGCAACGCUCUGAUUGGCACUCCAGGCGACUGCCGUCCUUGCCCUUGCCCGGACCACACCAGCUGCGCUCAGAUUGCCGGGACGGGACAGGUGGUCUGCACCAACUGCCCUGCAGGACAGACAGGAACCCGCUGCCAGAUGUGUGAAGACGGUUUCCAUGGCGACCCCCUUGGACAUUCCGGCCACGUUCGGCCCUGCGUCAGAUGCGAGUGCAACGAUAACGUGGACGUCAACGCGCUCGGCAUCUGCGACCACGGCUCGGGGAGGUGCCUCAAGUGUCUGGGCCACACCGAGGGCGACCACUGCCACCGGUGUCGCCAGGGUUACUAUGGCGACGCGCUAAAUCGGACUCUGGACAAAAAGUGCAGACCCUGCAGGUGCAAUCCUGACGGAACGUUUGGAGUGGUUAAUGAAUGCCACCCACAGACGGGAGACUGUCUCUGCCUCAGUCAUGUGACCGGCCGUGACUGCAGCGACUGUGAAGAGGGAUACUUCAAUCUGCAGCCGGGUUUGGGAUGCGAAAGAUGCAAAUGUAGCCCAAUCGGCUCGUCGUCUCCUGCGUGCCACCCAGUCUCGGGCCGCUGUGCGUGUCGAGCCGGAGUGGAGGGGAGCCUGUGUGAGAUUUGCCGUCCUGGAUUUUUUGGAUUCUCCUCACGCGGCUGCAGAGCUUGUAACUGUGACCCCAUGGGCUCCCUGUCCAUGCAGUGUCACGGCAACGGCACCUGCCCAUGUCGACCCGGCUUUGUGGGGUACAAGUGCGACAAGUGCGGAAUGAACUACUUCCUCGACAGGGUGACUCAUCAGUGCGAAGAGUGCCCUGUUUGCUACGGUUUAAUCAAAAAACAGGCAGAGAAGCUUCAAACUCAACUGCAGGAUUUGGAAAAGCUGCUGGCUCGCUUUGAUUGCAAAGGUAGAUCUGGGAGGCAGCCGCACCUGCUCAAGUAUCAUAAGAGUGGGCUUUUUGGACACGAGCACCAGGGGGAGGAUACUCUGCCCAACGCCCUGGAGGAUUUUUUGGCUUUUCAAGAAGCCAGAGAGGCCUUCAUAAAACAAUUUGCCGCACUGGAAGCAUCCACAGGCACCGUCUCUGCACAGUUACACGCUUUUACGGGGACUUUGAACUGCACUAACGCCACGGUGGCUCUGUCAGAGGAAGAGGAGGAGAAGAAAGAAGGAGGAGGACGGCGGGAAGAGAAGAGAAAAGAUGAAGGAACCAGAGCUGUUGUGUGUCAGAUGUUUACGAGCAGCGAGGUCAUGAUCACAGCGGCACACGCAGGACUGAAGCAGGCGGCGCAGGACAUGGACGACAUGGUCAUUCCUUUCGAGAUGCCGUCAAGCCCCAACAAGUGGAACGUUAUGGUCAAUGAUUCACUCGAGUUGAUGAAAAGUCACACAGAGGCAGCGGCCCACAUUGAAACCAUAGCCAGCAGCGCGCUACAGGCCUCAAAGCGGACCUUCGCACUCUUGACAGAUCUCCUAAUGGACAACUCCACCGAGGAGUACAUCAGGAACCUAACCGAGCAAAUCAGCCAAAUGCAGCAGUGGAAGGUGGAUCUGGAGAGGCAGGUGAACGAGACGGCAGCCGCACAGAGGGCCCUGGAGGAGGGGGCUGCCGACCGGAGCACGGCCCUGGGACUCCUCACAUCAUCCUUACGUCACACGGCAUCGACAUCUGUCAACACUUCAGCGGAGGCCGAGCACACGUCAGUCAACCAAACGCUGCAAAGUCACCAAGCAAGAGCGCUGGACUUGGAGAAAAGGGUAUACAAUAUGGACUUUCGCGUUGGGGCCGCAGACAGCCGCAUCAGAGAGAGCAGCUCCAGGAUGGAACCACAAACACAGGCUGCUAAUGAGAAGUUAGGGAUGGGAGACGAGCUGGAUCAAUCCAUCUAUAAGCUGCGAGCUCAGGCCCAGGAGUCAAAGAUCACAGCGCUGUCAUCCGUGGUGUCGGGGAAAGAGGUGGAAUCCGAGGCGAUCGCCCUGCACCGAGGCCUGGAAUACAUGGCGAAGGAAUGGCCCCGGCAGCAGCUCCAAACUAAGGCCGUUUUGAAAAAAGAGAGACCGCUCAGGGAGAAAGUUCUGGGCGUAGUGAACAGAAAGGUGGCCCAGGUUGAAGAGAUGCUUAGAACAGCACUAAAAAACUCCACCGUCGCCGCCAAUACAUCCGACAAAGCUGAACAAAUUGCACAGUCUGCUGCUGAGGAAUCUAAAAGUCUUUUAAGCCAAGCCAAGCAUACGAGCACUGCCUCUGCCUCCCUCGGCUCCCGUAUAGAUGCGGCGGUGAGCGGUUUGAGCGAGCCAGAGACGUUAAGCCAAAACCAUUCACAAAUCUUCACAGAGCCUGAAGUGUCGCUGACAAAAGUAAAGGAGGACAUGAAGGAGGCCCAGAGCCAGUUAGAAGCCUAUUCUGCGACGCUAACCGAGCUAAUUAGCAAAAUUGAUGGGAGUGUCCCCCUGGAGCGUUUUGACCGCAUUCUGAACAGCACAGCGCAGAGACUGAGCAUGCUCCGCGGGAGUGUGGAGAACCCGGCUCUCGCACAAAAGAUCGACAAGUUGAAAUCUGCGGCGAAGGAACAGAAAAGCCAACUGUCGCUGAUGGAGCAGGACAUCCACGUGAUCAGUGUGGAGAGGGACAAUCUGAGGGACAUCGUCUUGCACCUGCCUCAGUCCUGCUCGGACAUCUCAGACGCAGGACAAGUCUAA